AUGACAACAUACUCUAGCUCCCCUAGAUGUGCUAUAAAGGUUGAUCUCAAGAAAACAUUUGAUUCAGUCUCAUUCCUACUACUUAUUGGGUUUCUAAAUCAAUUCAUUCACUGGAUUAGAGUCUGUGUCACCUCACCUUCCUGCACAGUUUCAAUCAAUGGUGAAUACCAUGGUUAUUUCAAGGGUGAACAAGGACUAAGGCAGGGUGACCCUCUUUCACCAUUUCUGUUUGUCUUCAUAAUGCAGGUUUUCAAAAAUGGUCUUGAUCAAUUUUGCCUCUUAGCAAGGAUAAGCAUCAACAAUUCAAAAAGCCACAUUUUAUUUUCUGGUGUGAGCCCAUCACUUGAAGAUAACAUUCUUGCCGUUCUUGGUGUUGAGAAAGGCACUCUGAUCCUCAUUUCAACAAGACUAAAACCUGUGGAUUGCAAGAUACUGAUUGAAAAAGUCACCAACAGAAUUAGAAAUUGGACCAACAGAUUUCUCUCCUUUGCAGGAAGAGUCCAGCUCAUCAAAUCUGUACAUACUUUGCAGCAUGCACAUAUUCUUGGCAUCCAAAUUCAUCCUUCCAGUAUUUGA